GGGUCGUCUGUUCCUAAAGUGUAUAUUUCUGGAGACCCCGAGAUGUGAAGGGCUGCAGGGACUAUGCUCUCCCGAAGACCCUUUAGAAUGCGAAUCCCUUGGCUUAGGCCACGUUUCCCAUUCCUCUAAACCCUUUCCCCGACCAUAUAAGGAGAGGCAGCUGCUGGGGGCGUCCCCAGGAUCUAAAGAUAGCAGCCCCUGCCUCGGCCUCCAAACGCCACGGGGCAGCGGGAGCAGCCAUGGCACGUCUUCCCUCUCACACGGCUAUGAAGCCCCACCUCAACUCCUCUUCAGGCAGCAUGCCCGGACCCUGUGGUACGACAGGCCCAAGUAUGUGUUCAUGGAGUUUUGUGUUGAGGACAGCACGGAUGUCCACGUGCUCAUCGAAGACCACCGCAUUGUGUUCAGCUGCAAGAAUCCUGAUGGAGUGGAGUUUUACAAUGAGAUUGAGUUCUAUGCCAAGGUGAACUGCAAGGACUCCCAGGAUAAGCGCUCUGGCCGCUCUAUUACUUGCUUUGUGAGGAAAUGGAAGGAGAAGGUGGCCUGGCCCAGGCUCACCAAGGAGGAUAUCAAGCCAGUGUGGCUGUCUGUGGACUUUGAUAACUGGAGAGACUGGGAAGGGGAUGAAGAAGUGGAGCUGGCUCAGGUGGAGCAUUAUGCAGAGCUUUUGAAAAAGGUCAGCACCAAGGGACCACCCCCUGCAAUGGAUGAUCUGGAUGAUGAUUCUGACAGUGCUGAUGCAACAAGUAAUUAACUUUCUGUGACAGCAAAGCUGAAGAGGAAGCUGUGACUAUCUUCUAGUCACUCUAACAAGCCAAGACUUGCAUCUUUGUCAGCUCCUUGAUGGUGCACCGGUGUCCUCUGAGAUCUCUGAACUUUCCUAGAAGCUUUUUAUUAAGGGUCUUCCUUCAUUUUUUUUUUUUCAAUUUCUUCCAUUGCUUUCAUUUUAUUUAUUAUUAUUAUUUGCUGUGCUAUGCAGCAUGUAGGGUCCUAGUUCCCUGACCAGAAAUUGAACCUACACCCCCUGCAUUGGAAGUGCAGAGUCUUAACCACUGGACUGCUAGGGAUGUCCCUCCUUUAUCUUUUAUUUUUUUUCCUUAGGCACUUGAUAUGGCUGCUGUAUCAGAUGGCAGGAUAGGAGAGGAGCAGACAGAUGGGGCCUUUGACUUCCUACGGGUUGGCCGUAAUCUUUGUAUUUGUACUCAUCAGGGCUUUCUUGAGUAUUUGAGCCUGUGUGUGUGUAUGUCUUAAAGCAAAACCCACAGAAGCAACAUAUAGAUUAUAAUAAAUCUCUAGAAACUGUC